GGGAGCUCCAACUUUCUUUCAGGAUAGCAACGUCGCGACACAGUCUCUAACCCAGCUCCAACGUUGAGGAAGUCGCCUUUUCUCAAUUCUCAAGAUGUCAUCAGCUAGGACAAGCUACCAGCAGGAUUACAUCGCGCGCAUCCGAUACUCGAACGCGCUGCCUCCUCCACCAUGUCCACCAAAGCUCCUGGACAUUCCCAACACUGGACUCUCCAGCGGACAGUAUACAUCGGCUGGCUUUGCAUCGAGGCUGGCCCGAGAGCAACCUCUGAAUAUAGAGGCAGAUGCUGAGUUGGGCAUGCCAGUGGAUUUAGUUGGUAUCCCAGGCGUCUUCGAUGGCGAUGAAGCAGCAAUACAAGCUCUGGACCGACCACCUCUACUCCACCCAGCCGAUCGCGCGCUGAUGCGGCCUCCGACAGCCUUGGGCAAACCAAUGGCAGGCCCGUCUGGCAUAUCAUUCCUUCGUAAAACCGAGUACACCACAUCAUACCACACAGGAGGCGCCAAAUUCGAAUCCAGCAACUCCUCGAAUACAAUGCGCGUCAAAGCUAAAAGACGGCGACCAGCGGACGUAUCUCAGGACGACCCAACCAACAUCAGUAGACAGAUCUUGAAAGGAUUCAACAUUGCAUAUCCUGCCGAUGCAUACAAUGGCCCAGACACAGGAGACAAGCUUCGCGCGGCCGACAUUCUGUCGGAAGAGAGACAAGCAUGGAAGACACCAAAACACCCACUCAAUCCUUCAUUGCAGUUGCUCGAUUCAUAUCCAUUACUUCCUGAUUGGGACGCAGUUCCUGAUACGGGCUCCUACCAAGUCAUCAAGUUUACAGCACCGCCCGUUCGCAAUGCACGUGAUCAGAAUUAUGACGAGCGCCUCGACGUUGCCCUCCUGCGCCCCAUGGGCCAAUCCAUCGAAGACAACGAGACGUAUCUCAAGGAGGUCGAGGAGCACAAAGAGGAUCCUACGUUACCUACACCACUGCCCCGCUACCACUUCGAGUUCUUUCUGCCGUCGAGUAGCGACAAAGUCAGAGGGAUCAAGCGCAACUUCAGCACAAACGAUCCCGACAAUGAGGACGAGAUCAAUUUUGACACGGGAGUGGACGAUGACGGGCGGCCGAGGAAGAUCUUCAAGUAUGAGCGCAUACGAAACUACGAGACAGCCAAUCAAACCGGUGACCCGGAGCACGAGUUCAGUGAUGUGGUUGCCGUUGCGCUACAUGACCCGGAGAGUCACGAAGACGAAGCACUCAGGACGAGCAAAUUGCAGAAGGCAGCUUACUUCUAUCCGAUCAAGCAAAAGAUUGGCAUCAGGCCGAAGAGGCAGGAGAACGUCGAGUUCUUGGGCGGGGAAACGCAGAAGGUAGACGUUGUCGAAACCAUUGCCAGGAACCCAGAGGUUGAAGUGGAAAAGCGAGAGAAUUGGCGGAAGCAGUACGAUAUCAUCGAGACGUAGGGCGCAUGUGCUGCAUCCUUGUCUACUAAUAUAUCCAUGCCUAUCAUCGGGUUCUCUUUCUAUCUUCUUACAUUGAAAUCACAAAGCGUGGCGUUGGAUUGCUUUCCGGUUGCUAUGGGUGGGUGCGGGGAUGCAUAUUGGCGGACAAGGGUAGGCUUUUGCAGUUACAUAGCGGAUACUUUGAUAGAUGUAUCAUAUUGUGCAAUUGACUGAUCCGGACGGAAAGAGAGAGAGAGAUAAAGAAACGAAGGAAACAACUUUCUCUGGCGUGCAGAACCCCCGCUCUCUGACCAAGAAACGAAUAGGACAUGGCGCAUAGUUAGUUGGUCGUAAAUAUAUGACAUUUGUCGCCAGUGGUUGGCUAGAAGGACAAACAAUUAUCAGCCUACUCGGGCAAUGUAGUGUUAGUCUCCGGGAACUACGC